AGAGGGAGGUGAGGUGAGAGAGACUCAGAGAAGAGAGAGAGCGCGCGCCAUAGCCCAUAAGUCACGCGCCGGAGGACCCGAAUUCCCGGCGAGAAUUCCUGCAUAGAAGUUGAUGUGCAAGCGAGUUCAAGUCAUCUGAGUGUUAGGGCAUCGAAUCUCUACCCAUCCCUCUUAAAUUGAUCUCAGCGACUAGCGAGCGUCUUUGAUUCUCUCUCGUUCUUCUCUACAGAACCCAAGCCAGAAGAAAUUCCGCGUCUGGGGUGAUUUGUGAAGCAGGAUAACAGAGAGGGAUCUCUUUUUGAUUCAUCUCUUCUCGGAAGUCGAGAUUAUUUCCGAGAGAUAGAGAACCCAUCUUGGUCGAGAAGCGAGAAGAUGGCCUCGGAGUUGAUUUACAGAGGCCAUGAGACCCUGCCCCAGGCCGAUACGUAUUCUCCGAAACCCCCGAAGCCAUGGCUCUCCGUAACUCGCCCAAUUCGCUACAUGCUUCGCGAGCAGCGCCUUGUGUUCGUCCUUGUGGGCAUUGCCAUCGCCACGCUCGUUUUCACCCUACUGCCUCCCUCCCCUGCGAAGCUAAGACACAACUACUACCCGAUGCCUGAGAUGGAUUUCCCGUCAGGAUCGGAUGCAGUGGCUCACCCUCACCGCUUUGCCUUCGAGCACCGAGGCGGCGGUCUCGGGACUACGAAUCCGGCGGGGAAGAUACCGCUGGGCUUGAAAAGGAAGGGUCUGAGAAUCGUGGUAACUGGUGGGGCUGGUUUCGUGGGUAGCCACCUGGUGGACCGUCUGAUCGGAAGGGGAGACAGCGUGAUCGUCGUCGAUAAUUUCUUCACGGGGAGGAAAGAGAAUGUAAUGCACCAUUUUGGGAAUCCAAGAUUUGAGCUGAUACGCCACGACGUGGUCGAGCCCCUGUUGUUGGAGGUCGAUCAGAUCUAUCAUCUAGCGUGCCCUGCCUCGCCUGUGCAUUACAAGUUCAAUCCAGUCAAGACUAUCAAGACAAAUGUGGUUGGAACUCUCAACAUGCUGGGACUGGCGAAGAGGGUCGGAGCGCGAUUUCUGCUAACAAGCACCAGCGAGGUCUACGGUGAUCCAUUACAGCACCCACAAGUGGAAACUUACUGGGGAAAUGUCAAUCCCAUAGGUGUUCGGAGCUGUUACGAUGAAGGGAAACGCACGGCUGAGACACUCACCAUGGAUUACCAUAGAGGAGCUGGCGUUGAGGUGAGGAUUGCUAGGAUCUUUAACACAUAUGGACCUCGCAUGUGUAUCGACGACGGUCGUGUGGUUAGUAAUUUCGUUGCUCAGGCACUGAGAAAGGAGCCAUUGACAGUUUACGGUGACGGGAAGCAAACCAGGAGUUUCCAAUACGUCUCCGAUCUUGUGGAGGGACUGAUACGGCUCAUGGAAGGGGAACAUGUGGGUCCUUUCAAUCUUGGAAAUCCCGGCGAAUUCACCAUGCUGGAACUGGCUCAGGUUGUACAGGAGACAAUAGACCCCAAUGCAAAGAUAGAGUUCAGGCCCAACACGGAAGACGAUCCACACAAGAGGAAGCCCGACAUCUCCAGGGCUAAGGAGCUUCUGGGUUGGGAGCCCCUUGUCCCCCUGCGUGAGGGUCUUCCUCUCAUGGUCUCCGACUUCCGCCAGCGCAUCUUCGGCGACAAGGAUUCCGUUACCACCACCACUUCCUCUUCAUCAUCCUCAUUCUAAGGAUGAAUGAUGCCUGCCUCAAUUCCGCUGCAAUAUGGGUCCACCUGCCCUCCCUCUGUUACAUAUAACAUAUUGACUAAGAGCAAGAUUAGAGACAAUAGUUAUGUUGAAACUUAAAAUAUGAAACCUUUCUCAACGUCUAAGAAUGCAUAGCAACAUCCGUGGCACCACCAGCAGCAGCAGUGCUCCAUUUCCAUCCUUGUCUUUUCAUUUGUUUCUUCUUCUACUUUUCCCCCUUUUACCUUUUACCUCUUUUUGAUUAGUGAUAGUAAUAGAUGAGAUGUGCUGCAUAUUGGUAAUUUGUUAUCUUUGUAAUUUUUUUUCUCCCUUUGGGCUUUUGACAUCAUCAUAAACAAGUUUAGCAACUGUGAUUCUUUA